AUGACAUCAAUAGUGAGGAAGUCAAGUAUAUCACCAAGAAACUGUUGGAUUAAGUUGGAUAUUAAUGGACAUAGUGCCUUACUUGAUGUAGACAAAUAUGAACUUAUGCGUCAAGUUCGAGUGGAUGCACGUGAUCUUAGAAUUCUUGAUCCUAUUCUUGCUUACCCUUCUGCCAUUUUAGGAAGAGAAGAGGUUAUUGUUCUUAACUUGGAGCACAUCAAGGCAAUCAUCACAGCUAAAGAGGUGUUUUUGCUAGACCCAACAGAUGAAGAUGUUGUCCCUGUUGUUAGGGAACUACAAAGGAGAUUGUUUAUCAUUGACACAAAUCAGGAAGAUGGUCAAAACAAUAGUUCACUUGAAGUUGAAGUAGAUGAGGAUGAUGAUUCACCUUUCGAAUUCCGAGCACUGGAGAUAUUUCUUGAAGCAAUAUGUAGCUUCCUGGAUGCACGAGUUGCUGAUUUGGAGAUGGAUACUUAUCCUACAUUAGAUGAACUUACUACUAUGAUCAGUGGUCGAAAUUUGGACAAAAUUCGUAAGUUGAAGAAUAAAAUAACAAGGCUGACUGCUAGAGUUCAAAAGGUAAGAGAAGAGAUUGAACACUUAAUGGAUGAUGAGGAAGACAUGGCUGACUUAUACUUAUCAAGAAAGUUAGUAUCUGCAUUAUCACCUAAAAGUCACUCAGGUGCUUCAUCUCCCAACACAAAAUCAAAAAGUGUAGCAACAUAUCUUAGAGAUGAAAAUGAUGUGGAUGAGAUUGAAAUGCUACUAGAGGCUUAUUACAUGCAAAUUGAUGGAACUUUGGACAGAUUGUAUACGCUACGAGGGUAUAUUGAUGAUACUGAAGAUUACAUGAAUAUUCAGAUUGACAAUCAUAGAAAUCAGUUGAUUCAGUUAGAGCUAUUUCUUAACUCAGGAGAACUUUCCCUUGCAUUUUAUUCAGUAGUGACUGGAAUACUUGGCAUGAAUAUUAAAUAUUCUUGGCAAAUAAAACACGAUUACAUGUUCAAAUGGGUGUGUAUUUUUACAGCGAUUGCUUCCAUUUCUAUGUUUCUCAUCAUAGUUGGCCAAGCUCGCAAAAAGGGGUUGGUUUGA